CGGCUCGGCGGGAAAGUGUUGGUUUGGUCUGGGUGAUUCAAUGAGGUCUUGCCCUCGUACCCUUUCUUCACCCCCGUCACUACUUCACUGAGGAACGACAUCUUCGCAGCAUAGCAUACACUCGGUGCAGAGACUGCUGCGACAGCACUGACUGCAACAGUGUCACCGUCGAAGGGUGACUAGGAUGGCCAACAAUCCGCAUUUCGACUUCACACCAACUCUUUCAUCCUCCUACUCGCACUCCUCUUCCUCCUCCUCAAGAGCCCUGCAGUCGGCAGACAACAAUCCUUACUUUGAGUUUCAGGGCUCCUCGUCCUCAUCGUCUUAUCAUCGGUCGCCUCCUGGCGGAUCAAGACGAAGCUCAGCUAGUAGCGGCGGGCAACGCCGGUACAGGACCUCGAGUCCAGUCAACACCUUCCAUGGCCCUCCUCCUGCGUCAACGACAGGCAAUGGUGGCUGGCGGGAGAUAGAGCGUGUGGCAGGGUCGGACAGCACCCAUCAGCAAGACAAAACAGCACUGGGCGAUGCACUACUCGAGGGGUCGAAGCAUGGCGGACCACAAAGCGUUUGUGUCCUGGACACGAACACUCUCGUACAUGCAGCCGCUUUCUUUGAAUCCCUCUUUCGUCUGCUACUCCAAGGCAUGGCGAACGCAUCUUCACCCAUUUCCUCAUCAUCAUCUUCCACCAGCUCAGGCCGCCAUUCCAAUCCAUUCGUAUUGGUCAUCCCACACUUUGUCCUCGAAGAGCUCGACGCCCUAAAAGUCCGGCCUUCCGUAGGUCCACAAGCUCGCAAAGCCAACCACAUCCUGCUCCGCGCCUUGGAAGCGCAGCAGCGGCUAGCACGGCAGCUACGCCAGCGAGAAGACGGCCAGGGACGGAGCUCUUCUCCCAAGAAUAGCGGCGAAGAGCUACCCCGCUCCCGGCUAUGCAUUCUAGUAGAGAAAGCUCAAGAAGCCCUGCCCCGCUCUGCUCGCAGCACUGGCUGGUCAGUCGAUGUCGCUCUAGUGUCUCUGUGUCACACACUUCAGCGACAGACGGGCCUUCCCGUCGUAUUCUGCAGUAAUGACACGAAUGCACGAACGCGCGCAGAGAUUGAGGGGGUGCAGACCUUCGACCUUGGAGCUGUACUGAGGGCGAGUGCCAGGGUGAGGGCAAAGGAGAGGAGCAAAGUGAGGAGGGUCAGCGGAGGUGACCGAAGUAGUGCGGCGAGUAUCUGGAGUGGAAGUGGGAGGAGGGGUAGUGAUGGCGACGAGAGAGCUGUAGAGGGACGUAUCGGCGAAGCAAGUUGCCCGGAUGAGGCGCCAGAGAUGUUGUUGGAGCAGUGGGCGGUGCAGAUUGGCGGUGGAACAACUGGGGAUGAUGCUGGUUGCGAUGGCAAAGACGAGGCUGACUCGGCCCGUGUACUGGGAGAGCAAGCACUGCCAUCGUUGCGUGUUUCCAACGGAUACUCCACCGCUCUUACGCAACCAUCGACAGAGGACGAUGGCAUGGACAUGGACCUUGACGCGCAGGCCGCCGCACCUCACCAAGAGCACACUCACCAGCCGCAAGAUGCUGUCACCAAGCGUACCCGUCUCUCGACAUCAGAUCCUCCUACCGGCACAACAGAUCAUUUCCCUGCCUCAACCAAUCAGCUGGCCGACCUCCCUCCCUCCGCUGAUGUCGAGCUCAAUCCCACGUUCCAUUGGCCCAGUGGCGGCACGACAUCCUGGAGCGGCAACUCAUCCGCAAAGGCAAGUAGUCAGCGGCAGCUUCGUCCUCUACCGAAAUCUGUCGAAGCAAGGCAAACGACAUCAGAUGGCAGAACGGCGAACGGCGGUGCAUUGGCUUCGUAGGGCAUGUAGAAGGGAAUCGUAGACUGGCGGCUACACAACGGUAUCAACAAGCGAGCAUCAUUAUAAUCAUUCUGUAUCUUUAUACCAUCUCCAAUUCAUCAAUAGCUUCAUCCAUCAAACGACCACGGUGC